AUGGCCGACCGAGAACUAUCACCUACAAUUCUAGCCUCAUCGGCGCAACGCAAAUCACAGAUGUCGAUAACGCUUCCCCGGAACUUCGCACCUCUAGGACUCACCGGCGCUGACGACCCGAAGACUCCAGACCAGACUUUCGCGGAAUUGAAGCUGCCUCCUCCACCGCACCACUCGACCUGUCGGUUGCGCCGGUCUCGCUUUGGAAUUGACAACUUCCAAUCGCGCAACAACGCGCUUCCUGCCACCCUCUUUGCUUCAGACAUCCCCAUCCCGUCGAGCUCGCCAAAAGACAACGAUGUGUCGGACGCGGACACGGCUUUACCUUCUAUUGAAUUCCACCAUCAUCUGACCAGACCGUCGUGUACGCACAGCUCUACAGAUCCUACGCCCAGUGAGAGACUUAGGCUCUCCGCCUUGAGAGACUCUCAACUGCCGCGUACUCCGAUCGCUCAAACCAAGGUUGCUCCGAUUGACUACAAGAACGGUGCAUGGGAAAUGCGUCGAUCUGCGUCGGAGUCUUCAUUUUCGUCGUCCGACGAUACGUUCACCACUCGGCCGACAUCAUUUGAUGGCAGUGCAACAAGCCCCGAAAACGAAUGCCUCGACCCGUUUUCUCCGACCAAGGUCAAUAUCAUCCCUGAUACACCAUCCAGGAAGAACAAAAAGCUGAGGGUCAAUACCUUUACAUCGAAAGCCAAUGUGCAGUGGAGUAUCGAAAUGGACAACCACUUGUUCAAUAUCUACCAGAUGUACCUGGCUGACCCUACUGUCACCCCGUUCAAAACCGUCCCUGGCAGUAUUCCGCCCACCGGUGUUUGCCAUCGUGUUGCCCGAAGAGCCAAGGAGACGUGGUCGAAGGCCUCGAGGGUGUCUAAGCCAAUCAUCCAACGGUACAAGAUGCGAAACAUCAUUGAGUCCAGGAGCAAUUUUAGAGACAGAACACCCGAGCCAAAUGACUUCCUGCGUACGGACAAUGAUGCAAGGGGUUCUUGGCCUUCUGAAUCCGCGACAAGAAAACGCCUGAAACAGCUCUGCAAGGAGAAAUUCACCAUUACUGCUCAUUAUCAGCGGUUGCGUGAAUCGAGAAGCCCAUCGCCUUUCCAUGAGCAAUUUCCUCGUCGACCACCGUCGCGGCUUGCUCGGUCGGUUUCUGCCCAAGACGCAGCGUCCACCACAUAUGCUACGCGAGAAUUGGGGAUCUCUCUCGUCGCUAGCGGUGCCACUGCACCUCUAGCACAGCUAGUGACAGGCGACUCUCCUCCCAGUCAGCGGAUGUCGGAUGAUUGGUUCAAUACCCCGGUGAACAGCUCCUCUGGCAGCAUGUCCAUAUCGACAAGUACGGGUCUGGGGAUCAACCCGGAGCCCGACAAGUUGCAAGUAGCGAGCAACAUUCCGCGUCUGGCUUCACCUUUCAACUACAGCACGUGGAAUGGAUCGAGUAACUCAAAUAGCCAGCACCGUCGUCAUAUCAGCCACAACCAUUUCGAGACUGUUCAUGCGACAGGAACAAGGUUGCUAUCGCCUUUCAAACUCGAACCGGAGUUAUCGUUGAACGUGAACAAGCGACGUGCCCAACACAAUCUCGAAGAUGAACUGAGUCCAAGUGGGAGCAAUAUUGAAAAGUUGAAUGCUGAGCUGAACAACCUCCCUACGCCUACGACGUUCAUACCCGAGCCUCAGAUCCGACCGGAGCUGGUAUUCACCGGUGCCGGUGAUCUGAAUCAACGAAGAAUCCGAGUCCGCAACCGGGGUGCAACGAUGGGAUCUAUGAACAAUCGGGAGCACCUCGAACGUCUCUUCACUCCACCGAUCACUCAAACUCCAGACGGCGACGGCAUUCCGCCAGUGCCGCCGCUGCCUACCUCGUUGACCGCGCUGGCAAACUCCAAUGUGCAAGGUAGACCUGCUGGUCUAGCUCCACCAGAGCCAGACCCGGCUCAGAAGCGUCUGGGCAGUCCAUUUGAACUGGAUCCGAACAAGCGGAGCUAUCGAGCGAAAACCCCUCGCCAUGUGCCAAGUCUGAGCGAUCCUUUCAUCAGCACGAGUGCCUUCGCCGCGACGCCCAGUCAUGGGAACGGAGCCAUGAGCAUCGGGGAGCGACUAGCGGGAUUCAGUACCUUUCACCCCACUCACUUUUCGCGUCAGAUUCCGGACUAUCGACCAAAAGACGACCCUUUCACUUGA